UGCCGCUAUUGGUCCGAUUGGGGGUGCCUCUCAGGUCGUGAUUCGGCGCGCCUUUGCUAGCAAAGAUGGCGGCCGCUGCCAGCCGAGUUGCUGGUGCUAAGCUGGGGCUGCGUGAGAUUCGCAUUCACUUAUGCCAGCGUUCCCCGGGCAGCCAGGGUGUGAGGAAUUUCAUCCUGCAACGGUAUGUGGAGCUGAAGAAGGCGCACCCCGACCUGCCCAUUCUAAUCCGCGAAUGUUCGGAGGUGCAGCCCAAGCUCUGGGCCCGCUAUGCUUUUGGCCAAGAGAAGAGUGUGUCUCUGAACAAUCUGAGUGCUGAUGAGGUAACCAGAGCCAUGGAGAAUGUGCUAAGUGGCAAAGCCUGAAGUGUCUCCACUGAGGACGGUGAGCAAGAGCACCAGAACCUAUUGACUGAAGACAAUGUGGGGAAAUGUGUUCUUUUGGUCCUUAUAAAGCUUAACGCUGUACAGUGUU